AUGUCUACUGUUAAAUUUAAUUCAUUCUUUGAUAGUAAUACACUUCGUCGUCUAUCAGUUCGUUUAAUUUUAAUUGGUUUUGCUAUGUUUAUGAUGUGUUCAAUAAUGUGUGUAACACAAAAUUAUUAUGUAUUAACAUAUUGUUGUGGUAUAUUAGCAAUAACAAUUGAAGGUAGUAUAAGUCUUUAUUAUCAAUUUCGUGAUGAAUGGAAAGAAUUUAAAUGGUUUUCACCAUCAAUUAUUUUAUUUAUUGUAACAUGUGUACCAACAUUAAAAAUAUUAAAACAACAUCAAUUACAUGUUAGUCAAAUAUUUAAACAAACAAAUAUUGAAUUAUUACUUAAACGUAAUAUAACAUAUUGUUUUAAUAUUACUUUUGAAUCAAAAUUAAUUGGUUAUAAUAAAAAGAAAAUUCCAUUAUAUAUAUUUAAAUGUUCAAAAGAUGAAUUAAUUUUUUUUAAUAAAGAUAAUUUUCAAUUAAUGUGUUCAUUAUUAACUAAAAUACAAUAUCGUCAAUGUCAAUCAUCUAAACGUUGUCGAACUGAUCCAAGUUUAAUUAUAUUAUGGUCAUUUAUGAAAAAUUCAUGUACACGUUGGAGAGAAUUAAUUAAUCGUUUUACAUUAAUUGGUAUAUUAAGUGAUGAAUUAGCUGGUUUUAUGCUUAUUGAACAAUUACUUUUACUUGUAUUAGUUAUUGUUAAUUGGAUAUGGCCACAAACAGAAAAUUCCGAAGAAAUUUUUUUUGCUCAAAUGUUACGUCAAUAUUUAGCUGCUGCACCUGAUAUUGUAGAAUUUUAUGGAAAUUUUCAUCAAGGUGAAAAUUUAAAUAAAUUACAAGAUCGAAAUAAUUUACAAACAAUUAUUUUUAUUAUAUUUAUUAUGUCAACAUUUCAAUUUAGUAUGAAUUUACAAAUGAAAAUAAAACCAACAAGAAAUUUACAUAGAAAAAAAUUUUCUCAAUUAAAUUUAAAAAAUAAAUCUUUAGUUUUAUUUGAAUUAAUUUUUUCUACAUCAAUGUGGUCAGUUAUUUAUAUAACAAUAACACAAGAUCUACCAUUUUUAAUAAUACGUUGGUAUUUUCUUACAUUUAUGUCAGAUAGUUCCAGUAAAAUGGUUUUCUUUUUAAUGAAAAAUGCUUUAACUAUAAUGAUAUCAUUUCAUUCUGGUUUUAAUGAUAUUAUUGAAUUUAAAGAAAAUAUUCAAAAAAAAAGAAAUAAAAAUAAUUAA